AUGUCGCCCUCCUCCGCUCGUCUCCCGCGCCCCUCCCCCGCGCUCGCCGCCGUCGCCCUCCUCCUCGCGGCCACCUUCGCGACCGUCGCCGAGGCGAGGGUCCAGGUUCGUCCCGUGGAGAGCACCGUGGUGUUGGACGGGUUUCGACCCUCCGACUUCGCGGAUCCGGCCGUGCAGCGCGACUUCUGCGCCGCGUUCACCGCGUCCAUCGACCUCGACGAGAGGGUAGGUGCACUCGACCCCGCGCCCUCGCCGCGUCGCUUCCCGACCCUUCGCACACUUCGCGAAACACCGCGAAACCCACCCACCCUGACCCGAUACGACGACACGCGGCGCUCCUCGAGCGGCGGCGCGUUUCUCGGACGGUCCGCGCGGUUCCGGAGCGUCACACACUCUCGAACGUCCAACGCCGCUGACGUCAAAAACACUUUUUCCCAAAAACAAAAACUUUUUCAGUACUGCGAGAUUCUAUCUGCGUACCGACCGUGCGCGUCCUGCUCCGGCGUCGCCGUUCGAUUCGUCGUGUACAUCCCCGAGUGGAUCCCCGGCGGGUGGUGGUACGCGUACGACCGCCUGAUCGUCGUCGUGCGGUACGACGUUCGGAACACGCUGAUCCGAUACAACCCGAUCUUCAACGUCGUCGCCAAGGUGGACGUCAACGUCAACGUCGGCGGCGACGUGGACUCGUGGAAAAACAGCGAGAAGGACAUCGACGAGCCGCCCGCGGUGGACGACGCGUCGCGCGUCGUCGCGCCCGUGGAGGAUUCCCCGCCCGAGGGCGAGCCAAUCGUCUCGCCGACUGACGAAGCCGGCGAAGACCGAGGCGCUCCCGCGACUGAUGAAGGGACAGAUCUUGAGACCGAUCUUGAGACCGAUCUUGAGACCGAUCUUGAGACCGAUCUUGAGACCGAUCUUGAGACACCGCCCGAGACCGAGUCCGAGGGCAGCCCGCCCGAGCGCGAUACCCCCGAUGACGAGACCGCGGUGGACGAGUCCCAAACCCGCGAGGACCGCGCCGGCGAACGCGACGCGGCCGAUACCGGCGUAGAGCCGACCAGCCCAGACCCGGGCCAAACGGGAAAGGAGGAUUCGGCCGACGGGUUUGACUUUGCGAACGAACGCGAGACUCGCGAGUCGAAUCCCUCGGAGGAAGGACCCGGGACAUUCGACGACGUCGGCGAAGGUUUCGACUUUUCCGACCGCGGCGGCGGCGGCUUUGACAACCGCGGCGAGGCUUCCACCGGCGCCGACGGCGGCGGGAAGGAAAACCGUGACUUUGACUUUUCCGGCGGCUCCGGCGGCGGCGGCGGCGGCGGCGGUUUUGGCGGUGACGCUGAGGUCUUUCCCGUCGGCGGCGGUGACAGCGGCGGCGGCGGCCUCAGCCUCGGAGGAGGCGACCGCAGCGGUGGCGGUGGCGGCGGCGGUGGCCGAGGAGGAGGAGGUGGCGGCAGGCGCGGCGGUGGCCGCCGGGGCGGCGACAAGUGA